AUGAAUACAGAAGUUAUAUACGACGAUCCUGCAACACACGAACAAACUACAACGACGCUCACAAAUCAAAUCCGUGAUUUAGAAGCUCGAAAAGUUCCUUUAUCGGCCGCCUUUAAUAAAUUCGAAGCUGAACAUCAAAUUAUUAAAGAUGGCGUAGAAAAAACUGACAAACAUUUGGAUGGUAUACAUAAUGAAUUUCAUCAGGGUAAGGGUAAAUUAACGAAGGUUAAUGGAGACUUGAGUGCAGCAGAAGAUAAACGUGAUUUAAUCGAAAAUCAACUGUGUCGUCAACGAGAAACUCAGGAAAAUCGACAAGAUCAAGUUGAAAAGCAGACGGAACUUGUGGAAAAAUUACGUGAAAAAAAUGAAAAACAAGAAGGUGAAAAAUCCAACAUUUUAGAAGAGAAUAAAACACUUGCAAGGGAACAAGAGGAAGCUAAUAAACAACUAAGUGCGAUACAAAUUGAGAUACAAAAUGUUGAAAAGGAACUGCAAACGAUUUUACAAGAGCUACAAGCUAUUGAAACUGAACUAAGACGUGCAGAGGAAGAAUUGAAAAAUUUAGAAGAAAUUCGAGCAUCUGAACGUAAAAUCGAAGAGUUACAGAAGAAAAUCGAUGAAAUUACCACGACUCUAAUAAAAUUAGAACGCGAACAUGACCGUUUAAAUGCUGAAUUACACCGAUUAGAAGAGCUUGUCCAACGGAUAACAGAAGUGAUUGCAUUGAAAGAACAUGAAGAAAAGAAUCUGCAGCAACUAAAACUUGAUCUUAGAAAAGAUUUAGAAGAAACACAACGAAAGCAGAUACAACUUGAAAAAGAAAUGAAUAAUUUAACAACGAAACUUCGCGAUCUUCGACCAACGCUUCAACCAUUACAACAACAGUUGAAACAAAUGACUAGAGCUCUACGAGAAAAAGAAGUUGCAUUAAGAAAAUGUAAUGAAAUAGUCGAACGGUUAAAUCAAACAAUUAGAUUGAAACAAGGCGAAUUUGCACGGCUCCAAGAAGAAGAGAGCAAAAUUCAAGAAGAAAUGAGCAAAAAGCAAUCAGAAGUGACUCGACUUGAGACGGAAAAGAGGAAAUCUGAGGAUGAGAAGCAACAACUCAAUAGUGAACUAACGGUAAUCAAAACAAAUUUUACACAAGCUGAAAGUGACCGAGAUAAAUGUAAAGAUAAACUGAAGGCUGAAAAAGAAAUUUCCAAGCAAUAUGAACGCGAAUUACUACUUGCCAAGACCGCGCAUGGACGGGCAGAACGUGAACUACGAAAUCAGGAAGAAAAGGUCAGAAGAUGUACACAAACGCUGCAGUUAAGUCGGGAAAAAGAAGUGAAAUGCAAUUUAUCCCGGGAGCAAGCUCAAAGAGAAGUUGAGGAAACCGAAAUGGCAGUACAAACAGCACAAACUUUAUUACAAGCUGCAAGUGCAGCUUUGACCUUGAUAAUCAGAGCUAUGGUGGUAAACCCAUUGAUCGGUAUGGCUCUCCUUGUUGCCAAAGAGAUCGCUGUACAAAUAUGUCAAUCCACGUUAGAACGAGCAAAAGCAUCUUUACGACGUCAACAUGAAGUUCUCCAAAAACGUAUUACGGAUCACGAACAAUCGAAAGCAAAUGUCAAAACAUCAGAAGAACAACUAAAAACCGAAGAGACGAGCCUUCAAACAAAAAAGUCUGAAUUAAGUCAACGUAAAAGUGAAUUAGAGUCCGCGGACAAACGUGCCCAAGAUCAGAAGAAAACUGUGAUUGAUGCAGAUCAGAAACUUCAAGAUUCACAGAAGAAACUCAAGGAAACAGAGAAAUCUAAAAAAGAUAAAGCAAAGGAGCUUGAGAAAGCACAACGAACAGCUAAUAACCAGCAACGUCGAUUUGAUAGUAUGAAAUCCGAUCUCAAUAGCCUAGAUCAGAAGAAAAAAGUAGCCAGCGAAAGGGUUCAACAAGCACAACAAACUAUUCAAAAUGUCGAAACGCAGAAAAGGGUUAAACUUGAUGAAUUGAAUAGUAGAACAGCAGAAAUCACACAAAUGAAAGUCGAACAGACGGAUCUUCAAAAGCAGAUCGAAAGCAAACGAAAAGAAAUUCUUGACACUGAAAAUCAAAUUACAGCGAAAAAGAAAGAAGACAAUGAACUGAAAGGACAAAUAACCAAUAUUAAAGCAAAUUUUGCGAUGAUCGACAAAUCAAUCGUCGAAUUAAAAGCUGACAUUCAAGAACAACAAACGCGUAAAAAAUCUGUUGAAAAAGAAAAAGCUAAUAUCGAUAAAGAAUAUCAAUCGACAAAACAACAAGCAGAAGAACUCAACAAUCUAAUGAAGACAAGUCAAGAUGAACAACAGAAAUUAGAUCAAACGUUAGCAGAAAAACGUCAAGAAUUGAUUGAAAAGCAAAAUAAACGACAGGAUUUGAUAGCUAAACGUGAUCAACAUCGUGAUAAUCUAAAAGCAAAGAAAGUUGAAUGUUCACAGCUUGAAACCAAACAAAACUCCUUGAAAAAUUCAAUUCAUGAAAACAAGGAAAAACUCCGGACAAUCGACUCGUCUCUUAAACAAACAAAUGCGCGAAUUGAAAAACAAACUCAAUCAAAACUAGAAGCUGAAGAUCAGCUAAAACUAGCAGCGGAAGAUGUUCAAAGUAAAACUGAAGAGUUAGGCGAAGUCAACAAGAGUGUUGACGCCACUCGCAAAGAAUAUCAAAUAUAUGCUGAUGAACAAAAUCAAACUUUAGAACAUUGGAAAAAUGCUGCAGUGGAAAAAGCUGAUCGUUAUCGACAAUUGAAUGCAAAGGAGCAGGAAAGGUCUGAAUGCAAGAAACAAAUUCAUCUAAUUGACCGAGAUAUUGAACUUAAAAACCAUGAACUGAAAACUUAUUCCGAACUCUCCACUAAUGACAACAAAUUACGUGAGAAAGAAAAGGAGCGAACAACAAAAUCUCAUCACAAAAGUGACCACAUUCGAAAGAAAAAAUCUUAA